CUGAUUGGCACCGGCAACAUCGACAAGGCCGCCAUCUUCAACAGCGAAGGCAACAGCGUCUGGGCCACUUCCGCUGGCUUCACUGUUUCCCCUCAAGAAAUGGCCGAGGUCGUCUCUGCAUUCAAGGACACCUCCGACGUCAAGAAGGUCCAGAGCACUGGCCUCCACAUUGCUGGUGAGAAGUUCAUCGUCCUCAAGGCCGAUGACAGAAGCCUGUACGGCAAGAAGGAAGGCAUCGUCAUCGUCAAGACCAAGCAGGCUCUCCUCGUCACCCACUACCCCGAGCACGUCCAACCGGGUGUUGCCGCCAACACCGUCGAGCAACUCGCCGACUACCUGAUCAGCGUCAACUAC